CACCUGUGCGUGCGGAAGUGACAGAGCACAGAGAGCCAGUGCACGUCCGUGCCAACACCAUCUUGCUGCGUGUGUCAUGUACGCAAAUCUAAUUUGUACGAGCGACUGACAACUGUGUCUCUGUUUCUCCGGAUUUCUUUCUCACAUCUGUUCGUCUCGAGCGUCCAAGGUAUCCUGGCGCUUCUCCAACAAAAUCAUGCGGCAGUUAAAAGGCAAGACGAAAGAAACGAAUAAACAGAAGAAAGAGCGGAAAAAGGAAUUUCUGGAGAACAAGCAGCGAGUAUUCACGGUUGUAUUGCCUACCGUUGCUGCGAUAUUUGUGAUAAUAGCGGUGUAUGUUUACGUUAAAACCCGUCCAAAACUCAUUGCUGAAUAUUAAUGUCAUACUUCACAUUUAUUAUUCAUCGAAGCAAGAUGUAUGCGUAUCUCAACAAUAAUGCAUGGACAAUUCCUAGUUGCAUUUUUACAGACAUAUGAGGAUUUUUCUAAAAGGAGACACAUUUCAUCGUUCUCCCAAGAAUAUCUUGUACCCAAAUCAUUUCGGAACAAGAUAGAUCUUUGCAGAUUAGUUACUUGAUUAAAGGAUAUUUUUAAAAGCCAAGAAUUACAUAAUAUUAAGAUACAAUCAUCAGAUAAGACAUAGGAGGAGGUACGAUGUUUUCUACAAAAGCAGGCAACAUAACAUGAGAGGAGUUAAGAUAUUUAUAUUGCUAUAUAAUAAAAUUUGUUAACAUUCAAAUAUAAUAACUAUUUAUAUUAAUUUAUGUCUUCCUUGAUUUUUCUCUUUCAUACGUACACUUAUUUCCGAUGAGUAUUAUAUAAGUAUAAAACGAUACAAGUAUAGAAUUGUAUUGUGUAUUCAUUUAUAAACAGUAUUUAUUUAAUGUGUAAAGUAUCUAUAUUGUCCAUAUCUAUGAAACGCAAAUCUCAAUAAUUGUUAAAUCAAACUGGAAGACAUCAUUAGCCUGUCAAGCAUUUAAAUAAUAAAUAUGGGUCCAAUGCAGUAUGGAAAUAUAUUUGUUAUACAUAAACAAUACUAUUGUAUUGUA